AAACAGUCCACACAAACGCUUCACGUGGCCACGUACCUUGGACCAAACAGCAUGUACACAGUACAUACAUCUACCAUUCUUAUAAACUUGACUUUAAGUUGUAGAAAAUUUGAGAUUUAAAGGGGAUUUGCUCCAUCAUUUGCAUUCCAGAAUUCUAGCAAAGAUCAGAUUCAGUUUCUGCCAAAAAAAAAAAAAAGGAAGAAGAAGAAAGGUUUGCAUGGCUACCGGUGAAGUAACUGUAGUAGUGGAGAACAUAGAAGGGAACAUGGAAGGGAAAACUGAAGCAACAGACAACUCGAAAGAGAAAGUUGCAAGUGAUCGUUAUUCAAAUUCAGAGGCAACAGUGAAAAACUCAGCCAUGAAAGAUGAAGAUGGAUCAAAUAAAAAAGAGGACGAAAAUCAUGAUACUCGUUGGGGGGCUUUCCUUCAAAUGUGGAAGAAGAUAUUUGUAGUAUCAUGUCUGUUUACUGUUGCACUGGAUCCAUUGUUUCUCUACGUUCCUAUGAUGAAGGAUGAUAUCAAGUGCCUGCUGGCCGACAGAAACUUGAAGACAACAGCUCUUCUUUUAAGAUCACUCACUGAUCUUUUCUAUAUAUUUGACAUUAUUUUGUAAAUUUAUACAUCUGCUAAAUAUCGUGUCAGUGUCACACAAAACGACUCGAAAAUAAGGUUUUCGUGGAAAUCAACAAUAGCUAAGAUGUGGGUAUUCUUCCGCUUCUACAAUAAUAUCUUCAUUGACAUUUUGGCUAUUCUUCCGCUUCCACAGGUUAGACCUUUAUUGGAAUUUACUGACUAGUAGCAAAAGAGGCAAAAGCCACAAUUUACCUAGCCACAGUGGGCCGACAGUGGCCAAUAUUAGUGAUCUUUGCUCGUGAUAAUUUGAUUUUAAAUGUUUGUAUUAUGUUGUCCAGGUAGCAAUUUUCAUCUUCCUUUCAAAAAUGAGGGACUUGAGAUCUUUGAGCACAAAAAGGAUGGCUAUUAUGAAUCUUUUUGUUUUGUUGCAA